CUACCAAUGCCGAACUCGCUGUGAUUGCGAAAUGGGAGGAGAACUGUGUAAAGUGGUGCAAACAAAAGAAAAACAUUCAACCGGCCGAGAAUCUUCCUCCUUUGAGCCGAAAACAAAUGGUAAUCGCAUCUCUCUGACCCAUCAUUGGUCGUUUCAUAUUCUUCGUUUCACGAUCUCACUGAUGAAUAUAGUCUCCGAAGCGGCCAGUGGUAGUUUCAGGAAAGAAUCGCAAGACUAUGAGCUGGAUGUUGGGGAAGGUCUUUAUCAGGCAGGCAAAAAAGCGGAAACAGUAGGAAAAGCGACUAUCAAUGGAGGGUAUACAAUGGCACGACAAUAUGUUCGAUCAUGGCAGGAUGGUACACAGACCGCUUUCCUCCAGCGGUGCUUUGACAGCCUCAAGAAUGGCGACGAUCUCAAUGCGUUUGUCAGUCAUGCGAAAAAGGCUUAUAAUGAUACCUUUACUGAUCGACCGCAGGCGGAUCUCGCACCGCAGCCAGAUAUCACACCGCCACCAACCAAGGGAGAAUAAACAGGAUUGAAAAAAAAAAUAACAGUUUAGUCAACAUAUUUUGGGUGAU